AUGGUCAUCAAAGAAGGCAAGCAGAUUAAGGAUACUAACGUGGUGGAAUCCACCACCUUCUUGGCAGCGAUUGGCAUAGGAGAUGUCCCGCAGGAGCGGAGGGUCCAAGCCACCAACAGGGCAUGGGAUAUGGACAAUAUCACCCCUUUCAUUCCACGAUAUGGACAAGGAGCUGUGACAUUGGGGAACCACGCUAUCACAGUCUAUGCUUAA